AUGGCAAACGACAUUCUACUCAUUCCAGGUCCAGUAACGAUCAGCGAUAAUGUCCGGCAAGCUUUAGGCUCUGCAUCAGCUGCUCACACAAGUCCCGAAUUUGCUGCUGUCUUUUCCAGAGUUUUGAAGAAUACUCGAAUUGUGUUCAAAGGCGGACAAACAUCACAACCACUUAUCUUGGCCGGCAGCGGCACCCUAGGGUGGGACGUGGCAGCCUCGAACUUGAUUGAAUCGGGUGACAAAGUACUGGUUAUAUCUACCGGGUUUUUCUCUGAGUCAUUUGCGGAGUGCUUGCAAGCGUAUGGUGCUCAUGUCGACAAAGUGAAGGCAUCUUUGGGUGAUGUGGUUCCCUUAAGCGAUGUUCGCGACGCUUUGGAAUGUGUGAAUUACAAAAUGGUAACCAUCACCCAUGUUGACACGUCUACUGGCGUGUUGAACGAUGUGGAAAGCAUUUGCCAAGUGGUCAAACAAGUGGCGCCAGAAGCUUUGAUCGUGCUGGAUGGAGUUUGCUCUGUAGGGUGCGAGAGGCUGGAAUUCGAAGCUUGGGGUAUUGACUACGCCUUGAGUGCGUCUCAAAAAGCGCUUGGUGCGCCUCCAGGGCUGAGUGUGUCACUGUUAAGCGAACGAGCAGUGAAAAAGGCCCUCAACCGGGAAGCACCGGCGUCUUUUUUCGCUAGUUUGAAGAAAUGGAUUCCAGUGAUGCAAAACUACGAAAUGGGUAAAGCGUCUUACUUUGCGACCCCGGCCGUGCAAUUGGUAAACGCUUUGGAUGUGUCUUUGGCUGAGAUUCUGGACUACGGACUGGACGCGCGUAUAGCCAAGCAUUGGGCUACCAGUGAUUGGUUCAAAAACAAGGUCACGGAGGAAUUGGGACUCGAGUUGGUCACUAAUAGUGCCAGAGACUCGGCUCACGGAUUGACCGCGAUUUACGUCAAGAACCCCGCUGAGAUCAUCGGAGCGCUCAAACAGUCGGGGAUUGUGAUAGCCGGUGGUCUCCAUGCGGAUAUUAAGAAUCAAUACAUUCGUGUGGGCCAUAUGGGGGAGCUGGCGUGUGAGCCCUCUCUACAGCACCUCCAGACUUGUUUUGAAGCCUUGAAAGUGUCUAUUGGUGGCAAAGAAGCGUGA